AUGGGACUCUACUUGCUCCUGCUCACGGUAGGGGCUUGCUGGGCGCAGCACCACCCCAACACGCUCCCCGGCAGGACGUCCGUCGUGCAUCUCUUCGAGUGGCGCUGGGCCGAUGUUGCGCUGGAGUGUGAACGCUCCCUGGCGCCCAAUGGGUUUGGAGGAGUGCAGAUUUCCCCUCCAAAUGAAAACCUUAUCAUUACCAACCCCUGGCACCCGUGGUGGGAAAGGUACCAGCCCGUCAGCUACAAGCUGUGCACACGAUCUGGAAAUGAAACAGAAUUUAGAGACAUGGUCACCCGCUGCAACCGUGUCGGAGUGCACAUCUAUGUGGACGCAGUAAUCAACCACAUGUGCGGCGCUGGUGCUGGCGGCCACGCUACCUGUGGAAGCUAUUUCAAUGCAAAAACUGAAGAUUUUCCAGCUGUGCCGUAUUCUGGCUGGGACUUUAAUGAUGGGAAAUGUAAAUCUGGAAGUGGAAACAUUGAGGAUUAUCAUGACAUAUCUCAGGUCCGAGACUGCCGCUUGGUCAGCCUGCUUGAUCUGGCCCUGGAGAAGGACUACGUACGCUCAAAGGUGGCCGAGUACAUGAACUACCUCAUUGACAUCGGAGUAGCAGGAUUCCGAAUUGAUGCUGCCAAGCACAUGUGGCCUGGGGAUGUGAAGGCAAUUUUAGACAGGCUGAAAGAUCUGAAUACUACGUGGUUUUCUGCAGGAACGAAACCUUUCAUUUACCAGGAG